UUGAUUCCUCUGAUCACGUGAUGAAGAGCAUCCCAGCGCCGCGCGUUCACAUAAGCGCGUUCAUGAGCUUCUCCUCAACGGGCUCAUGGAUACAUACAGCGGCGGGAAUCUCGCGCACUUUACCUGACGAGUUUAAUCUCCUGCGCGCGUGACCAGGUGCUCCAUCUCGAUGGCCUCUUCACUUCAACCCGUUUUGUUGUCCCUUCUGUUGCAUGUAACACUGGGCUCGCCCCAAAAACCCCUGUGGCCCAUACAGCGCGUGCCCGUGGUAUGGCCCCAGCAGACCCAGGACCUCGCGCCUCCUCGCUUCCUGCACCAGGCUCAGCUGCAGGUGACCUCUUCCUGCGGUCCCGAGUGCCACAAGCAAGCCCCUACGGCCAGCUACUGGGACCUGCGGCGCUUCUUAUCCUACGAAACGCUGCAUUCCAGCGGUCAGUUGACCGAGACCGACGUUGGCAUUUACGGAUUUGACAAGAACGCCUUAGAGACUCCUGCCGGUCACUCUCGUGCUAAACGUCAGAUUUUUGGCCACGAUAGUCGCUUCAGUAUAGUCGGGCAUGACUUCCUGUUGAAUUAUCCUUUCUCUGCGGCCGUGAAGGUGUCGACCGGCUGCUCUGGUACGUUAGUGGGCGAUCGGCACGUACUCACGGCGGCGCACUGCGUUCACGACGGCAAGAAUUAUGUGAAAGGUGCCCAGAGGUUGAGAGUGGGUUUCCUUAAACCACAGCAUAAAGAUCCAUCGGGGAAAAACGGCACAAACAGUAGAGCAAAGACGAAGUUUCAGUGGAUCAGAGUAAAGCGCACACACGUACCAAAGGGAUGGAUUAAGGGCACGGCCAAUGACAUCGGCAUGGAUUAUGACUAUUCUCUACUUGAGCUCAAGAAGGCCCACAAACGCAGGCACAUGAAACUGGGCAUCAGUCCCUCGGCCAAGCGGCUACCUGGAAAACGAGUGCAGUUUUCUGGUUUCGACAACGACCGUCCAGGCAACCUGGUUUACCGCUUCUGUGAGGCCCGAGACGAAACGUAUGACCUGCUAUACCAGCGCUGCGACGCUCAGCCCGGCGCGAGCGGCUCUGGAGUUUACGCACGCAUGUGGAACAGCAGACGGCGCCGAUGGGAGCGUAAAGUCAUCGGGAUUUUCUCCGGGCACCAGUGGGUGGAUCUCAAAGGUGCUCCUCAAGAGUUCAACGUGGCGGUGCGCAUCACUCCUCUUAAAUACGCUCAGAUCUGCUACUGGAUCAAGGGAAACUAUGUAGACUGCAGAGAAGGAUGACAUGAAUUUUCUCACAGCAGAUCCACUCCAAUGUCAAGCAACAAGAAUCGCACAGUUUCACAAGAAUUCAUCAGUGUGCUGUGGCAUCAACUAAUCAAACUCUCUGGCAUACAGAUAUUUGUUUUCUAAGCCAAAUAAUAUUUUGUUCUAAAAUUAAACAAUGUGCCUUUGAAUGAAAACAGACCUAAUACACUUCCAAACAAGAACCAACUAAUGCACAGUAUUCUGCUCCUCUGUGUGUAGUUCUGCCUUUAUGAAAAAGCAGAACUAAUAGUAACACAGACACACAAAUACAGACAAACACACACAAGAUUCUGGGAACUGAUGGCAAAUUUCUGUGAAAUGCUUGUAUUUGAAUGCACUGAUGGGUGGACUGAAACCUGUCAAUCAAAUGUCACAUAUAGUGGGCAAACUACUGUUAGAGAUACUGACUGUGUGUCUGUGUCUCCCUCUAGUGGUUAAAUUCAGUCACAGCACAAUGUACAACAAGACUUGAGUGGAUAUAAACAUGUAGACAAGCACAUAUAUUCAACUAAUAAUCAUUCAGGAUUUUGAUGCACUGAUAUACAAUAAAUACAAAAAACAUUUCACUUCA